AUGACGGACAGGGGAGAUCCUCCCUCUGCAGCACGCAGGCGGGACCGCCCGCCGGCGGUUGUUGACCGGCCGCUCGCUGAGCGAAACUUGUUCGCGAACGAGCCGCCACGUCCGCUGCCGCCGAUCCGCACCCCGGCCACAACAACACCUUCCGCGGCCGCCGCAGCUGAAAAAGUCAGCCACAAGGACAGCCACGCAACCACCGAUGCCACCAACACGCAAUGCGGUAAGACGCCAAUGCCGACAUAUGAUUAUGUUCGGGCAGAGGAACCGAAACCCGCACGCCCGCCCAAAACCACGCGCCCGCGUACCUCACCAUGCGGGCAAAUAACCUCGCCGACCGACAAGCGACCACGUGUCGGUUCGGCCGUCUCUUCGCCCGAGCAACGCCUGCUCGACUCGGGAGCGCGUGCGUAUUCGCAGCCGCCCCGAUCGCCUUCAUCUUCAUCCACUUCUACAAAUACGACCCCAAGAUCUACUCCCAGCGUCUCGCCGGACCGACGCUCGGAUAUAUUUAUCCAACACUAUGAAAUGGAGGAGCUUGGUGGCGAAUCGGCAUGGACCGAUGCCACCUCAUAUGCAACGUUUGCAAAAGAAAGUGCAGUCGCGCACUGCGCGAAACGACGCGGGAACACAGCGCGUCAUCACCGAGCGCCGUCGACUGACCGGGCUCGCGGCAGCGAGGCAGAGGACACCUCAGACCAGUUCCCGACUGCCCCC